GACUUGUCCUUCGGCAGCUUCCGUAGCCUCAGUCACAUGAAUGAUUUGUUGUGGUUGUGAAACUCUGCUUUUCCCUCACGCAGCUCCAACGUCUCAGCAUCAACUUUACAUUUGUCAGGUUCGGUGAGAUUGUCUGUUUUCACUUGGUGUCAACAUGUUGCCACACUCUGGAUAAACAGGACCGACAUUUAUCCACCGGGUGCCAGGCUCUGUUUACGCUAAUGACUGCUAACGUUAGCUGCUAACAAACGAUGCUGCGGUGGAUUCUCGGUGGUCGUGAGGCUCAGGGCUCCGUGGAGAAAAGCCUGGUGUUGUGCAUUGGUGAGGAACAGCCCAAAAACUGCUUCACUGAGCUGCAGGUGCUGAAAGGACAUUUUGACAUUGUUCGAUUUCUGGUGCAGAUUGAUGACUUCAGAUGUGCCUCAGCUGGGGACGAUGGCCUUGUGUUGGUGUGGAAUGUUGAGACAGGGGAGAGGCUGCAGGAGCUGAGGGGCCAUUCCCAGCAAAUAACAGCCAUAACAACCUUCACCUGUAAUAAUGGCCUCACAUCGCACACCUCCCUCAUCACGGCCUCCUCAGACAGAAGUCUCAGUUUAUGGGACCCUGAUACAGGCAACAGGGUUCAGACCAUUUCAGAUCUUCAGUCAUCUGUAAAGUGCUUGCUGGUGCUGGAGCGACUGUGUGUGUGGUUCUCCGGUGGGGAGGAGCUGUGUGUGUGGAACAAAGACUUUCAGCUGCAGUGUCACAGACAGAACCACAGCGACACUGGAAUAACUGCUUUGAUAGAACUGCCCAAGAACUGCAUAGCUGCUGCUAUGGAUAAAGAAAUAAUGAUCUACAGGUUGACAUUUUCUACUGAUUCCUCUGUGUCAGUGGCUGAAAUGCGCUGUCUGUCCGACCACCAAGACCAGAUUCGAGCUCUUAUCAACGUCAAUGAUGGGCUCUUUGUGAGCGGUUCCCAUGCUGGCGAGUUGAUCUUAUGGGAUGCGAUCGAUUGGAACAUUCUGGCCUACGAGCACAUCCUGUGGGAGGAGUCGCAAACCUCCGCUCAGGCUGAGAUACGACUGGGGGCUCCCAAACCCAGCGAGAUGUCCAUUCAGCAUCUCACCACCAAUGGAAAGCUCAUCCUCGCAGCGGUGGGCAGUGGUCUGUAUGUCUACAGCAUUCGGACCAAAUCAGUGGUGGCCUACAGGAAGGUUGCCCAUGACUCCAAUGUCUUACACACCAUGCUGCUGUCGGACAGCGCGUUGAUGUCCUGCUCUGAAGACGGUAGUGUGAGGAUGUGGGAGAUCCAGGAGUUACCUCUGCCUGGGGAACCUGCCUCUCCAGGGUUCUUUGGGAUGUGGACAUUUGGCCGUUCUCACAAACAGACCGGUCCUCCGACAAAGAAGAUCAUAGAUGUCCCCAACACGAGGACUCUGGAGCUGACAGGGGACCUGAUCGGACACUCCGGGGCAGUGCAGAUGUUUGUGAGCUUCAAGGAGAACGGUUUGGUCACAUGCUCGACGGACCACCUGCUGAUUCUGUGGAAGAACGGAGAGAGGCAGACGCACCUCCGCAGCCUGGCACUUUUCCAAAAACUGGAGGAGAAUGGAGGACUCUGACCUUUAACCUUUGACUCCCUGCCUUGACAAGGAGAGGUGGGACGGCGUUGGUUGAUGUGUGUGUGAAAAAGUAAUUUAAGUUCUGUGUAAUGAUUGUUGUGUGCGUUUACUUGUAACAGUUGUCUGCCUUCUGACUGAAAACCAGUAUUUAACUUGAAUUUGAAAAACUCAUUAAAUACCUCAUCUCAGAAACAAAUUGUAAUAUCUUUACUUUCAGCCUUGUGUGAUUUAAGUGCUGUGAUGCUGGGGCGUCCCUCUUUGGGGUCAAAUGCUGGUUCAUUGCGUGGCCAUAUUGUUAGGUACACCUGUACAAUCUCUUGCAAUACAACAAUUUCAUCAUGAAUUCCUCAUUUAUAAAAUUCAUUUUUGGUUAACAAUGUUAUAAGUUUAUUACUGAAGUCAUAGUUUAAGGUUGUGUUACCUCACUGCGUUAUAUUUUCAUACACAAGUGAGACUGUGACAGUACGACUCCAUCAUUAGCUCUGACCUCUGCUGAAACAUAGUUGAAUUUAUGCCUUUGUGACAGUGUCAAAAAUGUAUAUUUUAGUCGUCAUAAAAGUUGACUCGAUGACAUAGAAGCUGUACUGGGUUGCAUUAGACUGUACCUAAUAAAGUGUCCACUGAGUGAAAA